UCUUAAAAAAUAAUAAUUCAAGAUGAAGGCAAUUUUGAGUUUACUUUUCAUUGCUGGAUGCGCUCUUGCGGUGCCCAAAGGAUCAAGGAUUGUUGGAGGACAGAAUGCAAUUCCUCAUGAAUUUCCUUACAUUAUCUCAUUUCAGAGAAUAAAUGGAGUAAAGAAUGAUCAUUUUUGUGGAGGAUCAAUUCUUAGUGAUCAGUGGAUCCUUACAGCUGCUCAUUGCGUCUCUUCCGAAACAGAAUGGAUAAAUGGAACAAUUAUUGUAGCAGGAGCUCAUAAUAUAGCCAAAAAGAAUGCCAAUGAGCAAAGGAGGAAAGCCAAACAAGUCAUCAUCCAUAAGGAUUACGACACAGAACUCUCCCCUUAUGACAUUGCUCUUGUGCAGGUCAAUCAAUCCUUUGCACUCAACAACUAUGUCAAGAGCAUCGAGCUUCCAAAGGGAAAGCCCUACUAUCCCCAUGGGGAAGCAACAGUUAUGGGCUGGGGCUCCAUUUCCAACACUACGCAGAUGAAAUAUCCAGACAUCCUGCAGAAGACAGUCCUUCCCAUUCUUCCGGCUGAAAGGUGUUCUUCUCACUUCCCCGGGAAUUCUUUAGUGGAUUUGGCCAACAUCUGUGCUGGUGCUCUCGAUGACUCGGCGAUUUGCAGGGGAGAUUCUGGGGGUCCUUUUGUGCAAAAAACAUCUCGUGGUAAUGAUUUUCAAAUUGGUGUCGUCAGUUCAGGGACUUAUCCAUGCGGAGCUAAGAAUGGAACAGCGUCCUUUGUCAAUGUAUCCUUCUUCCUAAAAUGGAUUACUGAUAACACUGGAAUUUCUCCGGAAAAUAAUUCAGAGAGCACCAGUAUUGUUUCUUCUACCCCUGAAACAGUUAGUUUCCCAGCAAAGAUGAAGUUCUUCCUGUGCACUGUCUUCCUUCUUGGAUCAGCCCUUGCGGCUUCAGCAGCAUCCCUCAACAAGAUCGUUGGUGGAGAAAAGGCUAAGCCUCAUGAGUUCCCAUACAUGAUCUCUCUGCAAUGGAAUGAUAACCCAUUAAUGAAACAUUUCUGCGGAGGAGCUCUCAUCAACGAUCGUUGGGUUCUAACUGCUGGUCACUGUGUAGCUGCCUUCACUCAUGACACCGCGAUCGUUGCUGGAGCCCACAGCAUCAAACAUCCCGAUGAGUUUGAGCAGAGGAGAACACCAAAGAGGACUUUUAUUCAUGAGAAGUACAAUGGCGACGUUGGACCACAUGAUAUUGCUCUCAUUGAGGUCACUGAACCGUUUGAGAUGAACGAGAAAGUUUCUAAUCUCCAUCUGCCCACUGGUGAAGCUUACUACCCAACUGGUCAUGCUACCAUCUCAGGCUGGGGCUCUAUUUCCAAUACUUCCACACCAUCAUAUCCCGAUAAACUUCUCAAAGCUAAUCUACCAAUUCUUCCCUCGGAAAAAUGCUUCAAUGACUACAUCGACACUCCAAUGGAUAAGACUAACAUCUGUGCUGGGGAGCCCAAUGGUUCCAAGGCUGUUUGCAGCGGUGACUCCGGAAGUCCUCUUGUGCAGAAGAAUGCUCGCGGAGAGAUUCAAGUGCACGGUGUUACCAGCUGGACAUGGCUACCAUGUGGAGAACCAGGAAAGACCGGUGUCUUUGUCAAUACAUUUUCUUCUAAUAUAAAAGCUCAAGAAAAUAAUGCAGAGAGCAUCAGUUAUAUUUCCUCUUUCUCAGAGAAAGUUUAUUGGAAAAUUAGCUCCCCUGUUAAGAUGAAGUUCUUUCUGUGCGCUGUCGUCCUUCUUGGAUCUGCCCUUGUAGCUUCAGCAGCUUCGCUGAAUAAGAUUGUUGGCGGAGAAAAGACUGAACCCCAUGAGUUCCCAUACAUGAUCUCUCUGCAAUGGAAUGAUAAUUCUAAAGUUACGCAUUUCUGUGGUGGAGCUCUCAUCAAUGAGAGAUGGGUUUUAACUGCUGGUCACUGUGUAGCUGCCUUCACUCAUGACACCGCGAUCGUUGCUGGAGCCCACAGCAUCAAACAUCCCGAUGAGUUUGAGCAGAGGAGGACACCAAAGAGGACUUUUAUUCAUGAGAAGUACAAUGGCGACGUUGGACCACAUGAUAUUGCUCUCAUUGAGGUCACUGAACCAUUUGAGCUGAACGAGAAAGUUUCUAAUCUCCAUCUGCCUACUGGACAAGCUUAUCCAACUGGUCAUGCUACAAUCACCGGAUGGGGCUCUACUUCCAAUGGUUUCGUUCCAACUUAUCCCGAUAAACUCCUUAAAGCUAAUUUGCCAAUUCUUCCAUCUGAGAAAUGCUUCAAUGACUACCCAGGAACUCCAAUGGAUAAGACUAACAUCUGUGCUGGAGAACCUAAUGGCUCUAAAGCCAUCUGCAGCGGUGAUUCCGGAAGUCCUCUUGUGCAGAAGAGCGCCAAGGGAGAGGUUCAGGUUUACGGAGUUACCAGCUGGUCUUGGGUUCCAUGCGGAUCACCAGGAAAGACCGGUGUCUUUGUCAACGUGAGCCAUUAUCUUGACUGGAUUAGCGAAAAAAUGAACUCUCAAUAAAUAAUAAUAAUAAUCUUUAUUAUCCUCGCUACAAACGAGUGUAUGGAGGCACUCUCAAUAAAUCUUUCCACUCUUUGCAUUAA